AUGGCAACGAAAAGUCUUGCAACCUGGGCCCUGGCCCUCCAGUUUGGGAAUCUGACCACGCCUGUCGUCGACAUGGCUGUCAAGAGUAUCUACAACUGGGCGGGCUGCGCUAUUGGUGGUUAUGCUCUUCCUCCUGCCAGCAUUGCCCUCGAGGCCAUGUCUCCUUUUGUUGGGGCUGAUGGAAACUCGUCCAUCUUUGCGACUGGCGACUAUGUUGAUAUGAAGACAGCUGCUCUUAUCAAUGGAAUUGCCUCUCACGCUGAUGAUUAUGACGAUACGCACCUCGAUACUCCUGUUCAUCCCUCUGGUCCCGUGGCUUCUGCUUUAUUUGCUGUAGCAGAGUGGUUAGGCCCCGUGUCAGGCCAAGACUUCUUAGCAGCAUUUGUCGCCGGAGUCGAAGCCGAGUGUAAGCUUGGAGUUUCCGUGUUUCCCGAACACUACAAUGUUGGAUGGCAUAUUACCAGCACGACAGGCUCUAUCGGUGCUGCUGUGGCUGUUGGCAAAUUACUUGAUCUCGACACAAAGCAAAUGCAAAGAGCCAUCAGCAUAGCCUCCGUCCAAGUCAUUGGAAUGCAUGAGUCAUUUGGCACGGAUACUAAGCCCUUCCAUGUUGGAGCUGCUGCACAAGCCGGUCUUACCUCAGCACUACUCGCCAAGAACGGGUUCGGAGGCUCUCUCAAGGGCUUGGAAGCUGAACGAGGCUGGUCUCACGUAAUCAGCACUCGCCAGAACCUGACAGCCGAGUUCUCUACCUUCGACAAGGUCUGGGAGGUCACCAAAAAUCUAUUCAAGCCUUAUCCUUGCGACAGAAUCGUUCACGCUGCCAUCGAUGGCUGGAUUGAAAUCCAUAACCAAGCAAAGAAGAAGAAUCUCGAUAUCAACAAAAUCACAAACGUCACCGCUCGUUGCGCCCCUCGCGUGCUCUUCUUGACGGAUAAUCCCAAGCCUGAGACAGGUCUUUCAAGCAAAUUCAGCGUGUACCACGCAGCAGCAGUGGCGCUUCUGUAUGGUGAGGCCACGCCGGUUCAGUUCACCGAUGCAACCGUACAGAACAAGACUGUCAUCAGCCUACGUGACAAGGUAUCCGUGAAAAGCGAUGAAAAGGUCGACGAGCAUGAGGCGUUUGUUGCAGUUGAGUUUGAAGGCGGCGAGAAGCUUGAAGUCCAUAUCGAACAUGCCCUUGGAAGUUAUGAGAACCCUCUUUCUGAAGAGUUCCUCCAAACUAAGUUUCUGGAACACGUUGGUAAUCAGAUUGGCGAGUCAAGGGCAAAGAAGGCCUUGAAGGCAUUUGCGGGCAUUGCGAACUCAACUGAUGUGGCGAAGAUUGCUCGGGAUUUUAAGGAGUGA